AUGUCGUCGAUUCGACUGACCGAUGCACCUGCAGAAUCCAUGAGCCACAACGCAAACGCUACAGAGCCUACGAACGGGGCCGCCAGUACUCGAUCCGCCUCUGUGGCCUCUACCAACUCAAUACGGUCUGUCACGCCAUCGGAAGCAAACGCAGAGGUCGGAACCUCCCAGGAUUCUUCUCAAGGAGGAGGAGAUCUUCCGAGGAAUCCCGUCGAGGCUGCGUUGACGGAGAACGGCUACUUUGAAUGUGGCUGGGACAAAGUUCCCUUCGGUCUACAAGUAGUCGUGGCGGAGUCGGCGGAUCCUAUCACAGCUGCUCGAAACCAGAUGAUGACUCCUGUCUCGGGCAAGGUUUCCAAGGGAGCGCAUGAGACCGUUGAUGCCCUUGACCAGAAACUGUCACUUGACAGUCGUGUGAUUGUAUUGGGGGCAGGGAUGGCAUACGUGCGCCGUGACACUGCUGACUUCAUCUUGGUCGCCGCAACCGCUCCUGGCGCGGUCUACCUGAUGUACUUGAACAAGUCGAUCUCGAAACACGCUUACACGGUCUUCAAGAAGGGGCUUCUGGACGAUUCUUCACCGGACGAUAUGGAUCUGCAUGUGGCGCUCGAGAUCCUUCGAGCUGCUUGCGAUGCAUCCCAGACCGAAGCAUGA